AUGAGUCUUCUCCAUAUUCUCAAGGUUCCGAGGAACCAUACACGUAUGGCAGCUGCCAAGUCACUCCCGGAGCAAUAUCUUUGCUAUCUUGCUGUUACCAAAGCUCUUAAUGACAUGCGCCACGUCAAGCAGUGGCCUGAAAAACCACCUACUGAGAAGCAGGUUACUGAGCUUUUUAUUGGAAAAAGCCAGUGGAGCAAUGUUUGGUGUCCAACCUUCAGUAGAGUUUCUCAGCACUUUCCAGAAAUGGUCAAGUGGCUUCAAGGUGAUGCUGACAGCAAGGACACAAUGGAGCUUUGGGGAAUAGAGGCAAAGUAUACUCUUAAGAUGUUGAAAGAAUGGAUGGAACAAGGUGGGAAGCCUUUAAAGGGAAAGGCUAAGAUUGUUGAAGAACCUGUGGCUGAAAGCUCAUCGAAGGGACUUGGAAAGGAGAAGGAGAAGGAGAAGGAGAAGGAUAAGAAGAAGAAGAAGAAGAAGAAGUCAGAGAAAUCAGAUGAAUACUUAGUGAAGCCUCUUGUGAUGGUUGUCUCAACUUUAGUCUGGCUGCUGUUAUGUCUUGCACUCCAACUUUUCAUAUCAGUCACUGGACCAACAGCAGCAGCAUUCAUAAAUGUCCUUUUUCUUGCUGGACUUUCUUUAAAAUCUUAUACAUUGGUUACAUCACCAAUAAGCUGGCUGCUUUAUUGGAACAAUAGCUUUGGAGUUAUUGACUCUGACAACACAUUCAAAAUCAGUCGAAAACAAGUUUGGCAAGCUUUUGUGCAGCAUUCUAUUAGAGAAGUGGCUUCAAUUUCAAAUACAACAUAUGAAACCCAACCUAACAUUGCUAUUGAUGACCUUACUCAACAUGCAUUUGCUGUUCUUGGUAAAAAUGGUGAAAUACCAGGUGCAAGAGAACAUACUUGUUCUGAAUGUACUAAACCAUUCAAACGAACAAUGCAGGAUACAGAGCGCAUUCCAGGUACACUUGAUGUUAAUAUGUUAACUUUGGAUGGUGUUGUUAUGGGUCCACAGAUUUGUGCUUUUGAUGAUUGCACCAAUGACCUUCUCAAUGCUCGUGGUGGUGCACUCUGUGCAACACAUGAAGCUUCACUUGCAAAUAAAUGUCGUGUGGUUGGCUGUUCUAAAGACAAAAUUCAAGGAACACAAGCUUGUGCUGAACAUGUUGCUGACUGGAAGAAAAGUAUUCAUGAUCGCAGUAAAGCCACCAUUAAUGGUAUUUGGCGUGUUCUUCAACGUCCUGGUGAACAACAAGAGUGGCAAAAUGUCCCUGAUGCUGCUAUUCAGCGGCCACAUGAUGAUGAGGUUGAGACUGAAAAUCCUCAACCCACAAUAAAACGAAAGACCUAUUUCUCACCCAAUCGCUCAGAUUGUGUUGAAAUUGCAUGGACCAAAUUUCCAAAAUCUGAAUCUCCAACUAACAUUCUUAAUUGGUUUGAUGAAUUGUUUCCCAACAAGGAAGAUCGACCUUCUUAUAUAUGCAUUGACAAAGCAUGUCAAGUUUUCAAAACAGCUGUUGGAAGUGAGAGAUGGAAAGACUGGACAGACACAACUCGUUUUAUUGUUGACACAUAUCACUACAACAAUCACCGUGCCACAGAUGAAAUUUGUCGGAAAUGGUGUAAUCCUGCACCAAAAGAUGGUAGUGCACCAAAUCUUGUGGGAGAAACAAUUGAUGAGGAUGGCAAUCUUAUUCAAUGGAGAGAAUUUAACACUCAAGUCUGUGAACAGCUUAAUGCAUGGCUUGCUGGUUAUGAAUCUAUUUUGAAGUGA